CACAGAGUGGAAUGUUGAUACAUUGUUGUUGUUUUGUAGUUAAUUUAGUUCAGAGAAACAUUUCGCUUCGGUUGCAGGACGCGAGAAGGCUCAGCCUGUUGAUUCCAGGACACUUCUCAGAGAUUUUCCGCAUCCCCGACAGAGAUUCCGCGCUCACAAGAUUUUUGAGGAGUUCUGAUUAGCUGCUUGUAUGCAGGGUAUGACGACUCAUUUUACAGAGGGAAAAGCUUUAAAGGUAAAGAAGGAAGUGGGUGAGAAUGCCCCGGCGCUCAGUGAUGACGAGCUGGUGGGCAUGUCGGUGCGGGAGCUCAACCAGCACCUGCGCGGGCUGACCAAGGAAGACAUGGUCCGGCUGAAGCAGCGGCGGCGCACGCUAAAGAACCGCGGCUAUGCUGCCAGCUGCCGCAUCAAGCGCGUCACACAGAAGGAGGAGCUUGAACGGCAAAAAACAGAGCUGCAACAAGAAGUGGACAAGCUGGCCCGUGAAAACGCCAGCAUGCGUCUGGAGCUGGAUGCGCUUCGUGCUAAGUACGAGGCCCUGCAGUGCUUCGCCCGGACUGUCACCCGCGGGCCUCACGGUAAGGUGGCCACCACCAGCGUCAUCACAAUCGUCAAGUCGGCCAAUCACAGCCCCAGCUCCGCCCCCUUUUCGGCACACUCGCAGUGCUGAUUGACAGCGCCUGCCCAGCUCCUUUUGGCCAAACGGCUCUGAACCUUGACUGGCCCCCGCUCGACCCACACUGAGAGGAAGCUCAGUGGUAAGACUUGAGGGGAGGGCGGAGGCCGUAAUCUGCGUGACUACAACAGGCUGCAUCUAUUUUCAUAUCUCUCUUUUACACACACAUACAUGCAAAAACAUUUCUUUUUUGUCUGUGCACUGUGCUAAAAACUCCGGCACCGGCAGGGCGCGCUCACCGCUCUUUCCACUUCAACACAGGCUGAGAUUUAGCAGAGAUGAGCACUUGUUAAAGUGUGAGAUUGUACUUGACUUAACCUGCCAUGGCAGCACUGAUGCCCGUGACAGAUUGCAAAUGCAUCAGAAACUAAAAUAUAUAUAUUAGUAUCAUUAUUUUGAAGAAUUCAGUACUUUUAUUCAGCAAGGAUGCAUUCAAUUGAUGGGAAGGAACAGUAAAGACGUCCAUAAUGUUACUAAAUAUUUCUAUUUAACUUUAUAUUAU